AUGAAAUUUAAUUUGCUGAUAUUGUGUGUAAUAUUAAUAAUAGUUUAUUUUAUAUAUUUUCUGUGCUCACGUCGCGAAUAUUAUAAAUUGCUUUCCAAAUUUCCUGGGCCUCUUGGAUAUCCAUUAAUUGGCAUAGCACAUAAAUUGCUGCGCAAAGGAGGUCUGCUUAAGCUGCUAAGAACUUAUAUAAGGGAUUAUGGCACGACUGUGAUUACCUGGAUGGGUCCAUUGCCAGUUCUGAUAGUGAGUGAUCCUCAAGUGACGCAGGAUGUUUUAACUUCGCCAUAUUGUGUGAACAAAAGCUUCAUGUAUAAGAUCAUCGAUGAUGCUAUUGGCACGGGUUUAUUUAGCUUAAAAGAUCCUGUUUGGAGUGAACAUAGAAAACUGCUGAAUCCCGCCUUUGCCCAUAAGGUCUUGCUCAACACCCUGCCCAUCUUUAAUAGGGAGUCCGAAAUACUUGUAAAUGAGCUUGAUAAACUGGUGGAUGCUGGGGAACUGGACUUAAUGCCAUUAUUACAGCAUUGCUCAUUAAGCAUAGCUACGCAAUCCACAAUGGGCAGCAGUGUGAAAGAGGAGCCGAAAUUCAAAAAUAAAUCAUUAAUGACUUACUAUCAAUGUCUGCAGGAAUGCAUUGCGGACUUUACUAUUUGUCCCUGGCUAAAUAUUAAAAUAAUUCGCCAGCUGUUCGGCAAGGAAGAGUGUUAUGAGAAUUCCAAAUUACAAAUACGUAAAUUUAUCAGCAAGCUUGUUGCAGAACGUCUCGAAGCAGAUAUUUCAGGUAAAACACCAGCCAAUAAUAGUUCAUUUCUUAACCUUGCCGUUGGGCAUUUUGAACGCGGCAUUUUCAGUCGAAAGAAUAUUGAAGCUGAGUCCAAUAUAAUGGUUUUUGCUGCUUUCGAGACAUCCUCCAAGACCGUGGGCUAUGCCCUAAUGUUGCUCGCAAUGUUUCCCGAGUGUCAGGAGAGGGUAUUUGAGGAAAUCAAAACUCUGUUCCCCAAGAGCGGUGACUUUUCAGUUAGCUAUGAGGAGGCACAGCAAAUGGUUUACUUGGAUCUCGUCAUGAAUGAAACCAUGCGUCUGAUUGCACCAGUUCCCCUUGUGGCACGAGAAACAUCUAACGAUUUUAUGCUCUCCAAUGGAGUUCAUAUACCUAAAGGCAUGCAAAUUGUUAUCGACAUAUUUCACAUGCAUCGCAGCAAGGACAUUUGGGGACCUGACGCUGAGUCUUUCAAUCCCGAUCACUUUCUGCCCCACAAUCUUCAAGAUAAGCAUCCGUAUGCCUUCAUUCCCUUCACAAAGGGUAUAAGAAGCUGCAUAGGCUGGCGCUAUGGUCUUUUAAGUUUAAAAGUGACUUUGGCGAAAUUACUGCGAAAUUAUAGAUUCAGCACAAAAUUUAAGUUUGAGGAUCUACAAUAUGUUGAAAACGUAACCAUAAAACUAAAAACUACACCUCUACUCAAACUAGAAAGGAGAAUUUGACUAGGUUGUCAACGGGUGGCCAUUGAGGAGCAUGUCAUUGGUCAUGUCCGGUGUCACCGUUGUCAAGCCUUUGAACAAGCGCUUUGUUUUACAAGUCAACACUAUAUUCAUAUGUUACUGAGAUUGUAGUAAUGUUAAAUAUUCGAGGGCUAGCUGGCGAUUGUUAUUAUAGUCGUGAGUUGCUGUCAAUGUUCUGGUGUGAACACAGUUAAAAAAUGAAAGUGAAUAUUUGUAAUAAAGAUAAUUUAAA